UAACCAAAGAUAUAUGUAUGUAUAAUAUUGCAAGCAUUCUACGUUCUAACUUAAUUACAACACCUGCCACUUGUUAGUUGUUUUAGUGACGGCAGAAUAUAUUGUUCAUUCAACGAUUAUUUGCAAGUCUGUUGGGUAGAACUUACCAAAAACAUGAUCGCAUUUAGCCACUAAUACUAUGAAGAUUCAUUUGAUCAAAAGCUAUGAUUCGAUCGCUCAUCCUGCCUCUUCCAUCUCUAUGUCAAUUUACUUGCAACAGUAGCAUAUUUGUGGCAACUCGCGCGUUAUCCACAAUGUCCACGCGAUUAGUAGCUGUUUGUCAAAUGACGUCUACUGGGGACAGAGAAAAAAAUUUUGAGGUCGUCUCGAGCCUCGUAUCUCAAGCUAAAGGAAACAACGCCUGCAUUGCCAUGUUUCCAGAGGCUUGCGAUUAUUUGGCAGAUAAUAAGAAGGAUAUCGUAGCAAUGGCAGAGCCACUCGACGGAGAAUUGAUGAGGCGAUACAAAUGUUUAGCCCGGAAUCAUGACAUCUGUUUAUCAUUAGGAGGAAUUCACGAAAAAUCCGCUGAGAAUCGUGACAAAAUUUACAACUCACACGUUUUAAUAAACAACAGGGGUGAAAUGGUCGCAGUCUACAGAAAAAUACAUUUAUUUGAUAUGGAUAAUCCAGAGACGGGAGUUAGGUUAAUGGAAUCAGACUAUGUGGAUAGAGGUGGUGAAAUUUUACCACCUGUACAGACUCCAGCUGGACUAAUGGGCUUGAGUAUCUGUUACGACAUGCGUUUCCCUGAAAUAUCUCUGAGUUUGAGAAAAAUGGGGGCCCAAAUACUGACGUUUCCCUCCGCAUUCACGUAUCAAACGGGUGCUGCUCAUUGGGAGGUAAUUCUGAGGGCUAGAGCAAUAGAAAGCCAAUGCUACGUCAUUGCAGCGGCUCAAACAGGAGCACACAAUAAGAAGCGUGUUAGUUGGGGACAUGCGAUGAUUGUCGACCCGUGGGGAACGGUGAUAGCACAAUGCGCGGAAAGAACAGGUAUCGCUGUAGCUGAAAUAGACCUGGACUUGUUGGAUAAAAUUCGUAAAAAUAUGCCAUGCGAUAAACAUAGGCGUACAGAUUUAUAUCCUGAAUUAAAGCCUCUGGAACAGUUCAAAUAAAUAAAACCGUUCAUUGAAGUUGAUUGCCGAAUUCGAUUUAUUGGCAUUCAAAUACAUUCCGUUGUAGAUUUUGAGAUAGAGUGCCUAGUCUUCGUGGGGGCAAAAAGUACGUGUCGUGUUUCAUUUUCGGACGAAAAGUGAUUAAAACGAAAUAAAUAAAAGAAUUG